AUAAACUUAAAUUUUAAAAUUACAUUUCAAUCAUUUACAAAAAAAACAUGACGAUCGCAACCAUAUCAGUCAUAGGAUUUUGUAUUAUAAUGUUUGCGCUUGUGGUCUAUUUCUGUUUUUGGGCACAUCGCAAAACUACAAUCUUAUCGGCAGCAAGUUUUAACGGAUCACCCACGUAUAUUAUACGCCAAAGAUACGCCUGCCGACAUCAUCGGAACUGUGGAAGUAGGCAUGAACAAACGGCUGCCACCACCGUUUAUACAAUUCCAGUAGUUCGUAGUUCGCCACUUGAAAAUUCGCCCAGCAUUGUUCAACCACCACCACAAUACGGUCAGCACAGAUGUAGUAGACCGAGGCCAGAAUUUUUGAACAUCGCUAGGCAAAAUAGGGAUCCACCUCCAAAAUAUGAAGAAGUCAUGAUGUCAAGACCCUUAUCGGUUACACCAAUACCAACAUAAGUCAUAUAUGUCCAAGUAAAAGAAAAUAUUUUAUGAAUAGCGUAUCACUUUAAUUUAAUCUAUAGCUUUUCUUAAACUGUCAAAUGUAGUACUUUCAUUCAUUUAUGCUAAGUAUGUAAGCAGUUAUGGUUGGACAAUGGCACAUUUGUUAUGAUGCACUUUUGUUGUGGACUUUCUACUUUUCUUUGGAUUAUGUCAAUAAAUUAUUUUAAA